GCGAUUGGCGAAUUCAAAACUCCUAACGUUUUUUUCCCCCCCAUGGAAAAGUUUAAUCCUGAAGUUCUCUGUAUCAUGCGUGCGACCUUUAAGGAAGGGUGUCAUUUAUUAUAGUUAUAUAACGGUCGCAUAACUCUUCUAACGGUUAUUUUGGUGUCGAUGGCAAGCAAGAAGUUACGGAGGACGGGAGUCUCCGCUGAUCUCUGCGAGCGACUCAAGCGCCAUCAACUGGAGACCUGCCAGCCGCAGGACGUCCUGUCCGUCUCACCCGCGGAGCUCAUGCGGCUGGCUGGACUCAGCUACCCCGCGGCUCUGGAUCUCCUGCGGCGGCUCAGUAAAGACUGCGCACCGGCCGUGAACACCGCAUGGGAUCUGUGGAGGAAGAAGGGAGAGCUGUGUUUCUCCACAUCGCUUCCUGCCCUGGACAGACUCCUGCGCGGAGGACUACCGCGGGGUGCUCUCACUGAGGUGACUGGCCCGUCAGGCUGUGGAAAGACUCAGUUGUGUAUAAUGCUCAGUGUUUUGGGCACAUUGCCGAGGAGUAUGGGAGGUCUGGACAGUGGGGUCAUCUACAUCGACACAGAGUCGGCGUUCUCUGCUGAAAGACUGGUAGAAAUGGCACAGGCCAGAUUCCCUGAGUUCUUCUCGGUGAAGGAGCGUCUGCUGGAGAUGGCGUCUCGUGUUCGUGUCUUUAGGGAACUGACCUGUCAGGACGUCCUGAAUAGGCUGGAGCGUCUGGAGGAAGACAUAAUUGCGUGUCGAGCGGGGCUUCUUAUUUUGGACUCUGUGGCCUCCGUCGUGAGGAAGGAGUUCGACACGUCGCUGCCGGGAAAUCUAACAUUCAGGAGUAACCUACUGGGCCAGGAAGCCGGCGUACUGAAGUACCUCUCACAGGCGUUCUGCAUCCCGGUGGUUUUAACUAACCAGAUCACCACACAUGUGGGCGAGAAGGUUCACUGUCCUCAGCGGAAUCAGGCAGAUGCAUCUAUGGAGGAGGACUCCGGUUUUGUGACCGCAGCGCUGGGAAACACAUGGAGCCACAGUGUAAACACACGCCUCAUCGUCCAGUACAAGGACGCCAAUCAGAGACAGAUCGUCAUAGCCAAGUCACCCACGGCCCCUUUUGCCGUGCUGAGCUACACCGUUCAGAAGGAAGGCAUCCGUCUUGAGGGGAAUGAAAACCCAGAAAGUUUUUUUAAUCAAGGAACAGAUCCAGGGCUUCAGCCAAUCAGAGUGAGGACGGGCUUCAUCUACAACCCUUCCCAGGCCACGCCUUCUACUUGUUAAGAAGUUCCUUUGGCCGCAGAACUCAGUGACUGUUAUUGCCCUAUUUAAAGGCCCGGUAAACAAAUGUGAAGUGACUGAUGUUUUCUAUGUCAGUUAAACUCUCAAUGCCGUCCAUUAUCUGAAGAUAACGACAUGCGAUGAUGCAUUUGAACAUCAAGGUUAUUUCGACGGUCAUUCGAUGACUAAUGAAUUACACAGAAUUUAAUAUUUAUCAUCCACCGUAGCUAUCCCUGACCCCACGGCUGCUCUGAAAUUUCUGUCAGGUACAAGCCGUGGUUAAACAUUGCAGGAACAUGUGGUGGACAGACACAAAGCAGACGGAUUGGACUUCGUAGAACAUUACCUCGCUUUUCAUCCAGUUAGAAAACUGCGACAUCAGUCAGCUAUUGAUUGACAGACGUAUUUUUUUUCUCUCGCUGGUCGUGUGAUAAGACAGCAGUCUUGGACAAACGCUUCUUGACCCUGACUAGCCGUUGCCAUGGCUUCUAUUCCCAUGACUCCUGUUCCCAUGGUUCCUCUGCCUUAGAGGGAAGUUUGUCUGAUUAGAUGAACAAUGGUGUUAUUUUGGGUGGUUCCUCUUUUUUUGCCAUGUUUUGCUUUUGCUUGUAUAUGUGCAGAGAUACGCAUUUACACGUUCUUUGUAUUUAUUUUUUACGACCUGUUCCUUCCUUGCACAGCUUUUACAGAGAUCUAUUAUUAAUAAAUGCAAACUCAAGGUC